UGUUAGCUCAUCUUCAUCUGGACCCAAUAAUAACACAGGCAAAUUGCACGUCGGCAGCAGUUCAAUUGUGAGGCCGGGUCUUCGUGAAGCGACACACAAGAUGUGUUUCCUGCUUUCACCCUCCAAUUCGGCGCGCAGGCAGUCAACACAUCUCCAUCAUCCCUAAUCAUCCCUCCACGCCACAAUCAUGUCCUCCAAGCGAACCCUCCAAGACACGCUCACCAUGACCAACUCGGUCAAGAUCCCGCAGCUCGGCUUCGGCGUGUACAAGUCCCCCGAGGCCGUGUGCGCCCGGUCCUGCGACACCGCCCUCGACGUCGGAUACCGCCACAUCGACACGGCGCAAUUCUACGGCAACGAGACGCAGGUCGGGCAGGCGGUACAGCGCUCGGCCAUGCCGCGCGAGCACGUCUUCAUUACGACAAAGGUGCUCGUGGCCGAGGACUCGGUCGAGGCGACGCUGAGAAAAUGCCUUGACAGCGUCGCAAAGCUCGACCCGGAUAGCGGUUACGUCGACCUGUUCCUCAUCCAUAGCCCCAACUCGGGCGCUGUGAAGAGGAAGAUUAUGUGGCAGGCACUCGAGAAGCUGUACGAGUCGGGAAAGGCGAGGAGCAUCGGCGUGAGCAAUUUUGGGAUCAAGCACAUCGAGGAGCUCAAGGAGUUUGCUACAGUGUGGCCACCGCACGUGAACCAGAUUGAGCUCCACCCCUGGAUGCAGCAACGAGAAAUCGUCGAAUAUUGCCACAAUCACGGCAUCGUUGUCGAGGCAUACGCCCCCCUCGUGCGCAACUUGAAAGCCGACGACCCGACACUCUUCAAGAUAGCCGAGAAGCAUUCCGUCUCUCCUAACCAGGUUCUGGUCCGCUACAGCCUCCAAAAGGGAUGGGUGCCCCUACCCAAGAGCGACACACCGGAGCGCAUAGCCGCGAAUGCCAACGUCUUCGGCUUCUCACUCAGCGACGAGGACAUGGCUGCUCUGGACGGCCUUGACCAGGGUCCCGCGGGCGCCAUCGUGCAAGCCGUCGACAAUUGAUGUGCCAGCGAUGCAAGAACCCCGAUGCAACGCGAAUAGUUAAUUCACUCUCAUAAGACGACCGAGAGGGCGCACUUGACAAUCUCGAUUGCUAUAGAAACAGUCUAGCGUUCACCACUAUAUAUAUAUAUAUAUUUGUCCCA